AUGGCCUCACCGUUGCACAACCAUCGUGGAGCAGAAAGAAGUGAUGGGGAGCUGUCGAGCGGCGACGACGAGCCGGCAGUCAAGUGUGCCCGCGUCCCUGCCAUCUCAGAACAGCAAUCGAGCUCGGGCACCAAAUGGCGUCAGUUGAUCGUGGAGCGCGAGCUGGACCGGGUCGGCGAGGUUCGACUGCAGGAAAACAUCGUCAACCGUGGCAGCGAAACGUUCGAGCCACCGCCCGUGCAAGCUUCUUCGGUGGCCGCCCCGCUGAUCGCCGUCUCGCCCGCCGACGACGAGGACCCGUUCGCCGGGCCGCCCGAUUUGGCCAGCAUCGAGACGUUUGGUUUCAGCAAAAAUGAGCCCAGAAGAAAAGAGGACGACCGCGGCUUCCGACGACAGCCCUGCUACGUCGCCGGACGCUUUAUGACCGAACGGCCGCCAAAAAACUUUCGCAUCAAGCCAAAGCAGCCGGCCGCCGGCGACAAGGUGGCUAGUGAGUUUUUAUCGAUUUGCGGGUGCUUCCGGCUUUAUCGGGGGGCAAUGAAACGCCCUCACGAACAACGGUACGAGCAGCGGCGGUACACGUUGGAGGGGCUGCUGGAAGCCGAAUUCGAUCCGGCGCUGAGCAUUGAGGAUUUUAGUCGGCAGAUGGCCGAGGCGCUUGGCGAGAUGAACGUCGAGCUGUUGACGAAGUUGGUGACGUUGGCGGGCAAGGAAAAGGCCUACGAAGUGUUCGACAAGACGCGCCAGAUCGAGAAGGGCGGCGGGAUGAAGACGGCUGAUGGAAGCAGGCAGCGCACCCCGGGCGGCAUCUUCAUCUACUUGCUCAAGGCCGACGAGUCGCUGCCAAAGGAAGAAGUGGCCGCCAUCUUCGCCCCCAGCCUCAUCGAGCAGCGCAGAAUCGCGAAGGCGAAGAAGCGCAGACGUCUCAACGAGGCAAAAGCCCAAGCAGCAAUGGAGGUUGAUGGGCAACAGGACGACGUCAAGCCGCCGAUCGAGCGCUCGACGAUGGCCGUCGAG